AUGUCAGCCCACGCCCUCACCGAGAUAGAACUCCAAACAAUCUCCCAAAAGGCCAUCGACGCCAAGGCCAAAGCCUACUGCCCCUACAGCAAAUUCCGCGUAGGCGCGUGCCUCAUCACAACAAGCGGCGAGUACAUCGACGGCGCAAAUAUUGAGAAUGCGUCGUACCCCGUAGGCGUGUGCGCGGAGAGAGUCGCGUUUGGGAAUGCGCUUAUGCAAGGCCAUAAAUCCUUCAAAGCGAUCGCAGUCGCUACAGACAUCAAACCCGCCGCGAGUCCGUGUGGGAUGUGUCGGCAGUUUAUGCGGGAAUUUACACCCCCGAGUUUUCCGAUAUACAUGUAUGACAAGGAUGGGAAUUACAAGGUUGCGACUAUCCAGGAGCUGUUGCCAGAUUCGUUUGGACCGGAUGAUUUGUUGGCUUGA